UCGAUAACAUGGACAAUGAGACGCGCCGGUUUAAUCAAACCGCUGUUGCGUAUAAAUAACGAAAAACAUCGUGUUUGGAGAAAAAACUACGCCACCCCAGUGGAUUCCGGCUUGGCGGAGUGCUCACUGGACCCCAAGGAGUAUGUGGACUUUAAGCGGCAACUGCGGCAGCUCAACUUGCCCCACAAAGAGGGACACACGUGCUUGCAGCUGGAGUGUCGCCUCUGCGAUCGCAACAGGCAGCCGGUGACAAACGCCCAAAAGGGCACUGAUCAUGGGCUGCUGGCUUACGUAAACAAGCGGACUGGAGCUUUUAUUUGCCCAAACUGCGACGUAAAAACCUCACUGGGCAGUGCUUUGUUAUCCUAUCAGUUGCCCAAGCCGGUUGGCUAUAGGCAACCGCUGCAGAGGCAGCCGCUCUAUGAAUCCCGAUUUCCCCACCUUGCCGUUGUUACUCCCGAGGCCUGUGCAGCUUUGGGCAUCAAAGGCCUGAAGGAGGACCAACUAAAUGCCAUUGGAGCACAGUGGGAGCCGCAGCAACAGCUGCUCCAUUUCAAGUUACGCAAUGCCGCGCAAGUUGUGGUGGGAGAAAAGGUGUUAUAUCUGGGCGAUCGACGGGAGGAGAUCUACCAGAGCAGCUCUAGCUCCGGCCUGCUGAUCCACGGUGCGACGAACAAAACCAAAGCGGUUCUAGUCAGCAAUCUACUGGACUUUAUUGUCCUGGCUACUCAGAACAUUGAAACGCAUUGCGUUGUAUGCCUGCCCUACGAAUUGAAUACACUACCACAAGAGUGUCUGCCCGCUUUGGAACGCUUCAAGGAGCUAAUCUUUUGGUUGCACUACGAUGCUAGUCACAGCUGGGAUGCAGCUAGAGCUUUUGCGUUAAAGUUGGACGAAAGGCGAUGCCUGUUGAUCCGACCCACCGAAACGGAACCUGCUCCCCAUUUGGCGCUGCGCCGACGCCUCAAUCUGCGCCACAUCCUGGCCAAAGCGACACCGGUGCAGCACAAGGCCAUCACAACAUUCGGAGCGAUGCGAAAUGACAUUCUCAGCGAGUUGCAAAACAUCGAAAAGGUCAAUGGAGUAAAGUGGAAGCGCUUUCCGGUUCUGAACAAGCUGCUCAAAGGCCAUCGGAGGGGAGAGUUGACUAUCUUAACAGGACCCACGGGAAGUGGAAAGACAACCUUUAUGAGCGAGUACUCCCUUGAUCUGGCCAUGCAGGGCGUAAACACGUUGUGGGGCUCUUUUGAGAUCCGAAACACACGGCUGGCGGCCACUCUGCUUCGCCAGUAUGUGGGCUACCCGUUGGACGACCGGUUGCAGGAGUUUAACCACUGGGCAGCGGAGUUUGAGCGUUUGCCGCUAUACUUUAUGACCUUCCACGGGCAGCAGCCCCUUAAGCCAGUUCUGGAAGCCAUCGAGCAUGCGUCUUAUGUACACGACGUGAUGCACGUGAUCAUCGACAACCUGCAGUUUAUGAUGGGCGUGUCAUCAUAUCGAGGCGACAAGUUCUGGGAGCAGGACUCCAUUAUAGCAGCCUUUCGUUCCUUUGCCACCAAGCACAAUGUCCACGUGACGCUCGUAAUGCAUCCACGCAAGGAGCGGCAAGAGGACGAGCUGACCACCAGCUCGGUUUUCGGAACAGCAAAGGCCACCCAAGAAGCGGACAACGUACUGAUCAUACAAGACAAGAGGCUGACUUCUGUGCGGGGCAAAAAGUAUCUCCAGAUUGCCAAGAAUCGCUAUUCCGGUGACCUGGGCAUUAUGCCAUUGGAAUUCGACAAAGAUGCCCUGAGCUACUCCUCACAGAACCAAAAUGCUAAGCGAAAGCGGGAAAAGACGCCAUCCGAGAACUGACUUAUUAAGGCAUUUGUUGUACUAUACGAUAUAAUUAUUAUGUUGUCUAUGGCUAGUUUAGUAUUAAGUGAAACCUUUGAUAAACUGCAUCACGUU